AUGUCUGAUUCAGACUUUUACUCAGAAACUGAUUCAGAGUAUGUAUCAGAAUCUGAUUCGGAAACGAAUUCAGAAUCUGAUUCGGAAACGAAUUCAGAAUCUAAUCCACCACCACCAACCACUUGCGGAACAAGACAUCACUCACUUUUUGUUGGUCAAAAUGAAGAACCUUCAAAUAGACCUACUCGUUGUAAAAAUUGUUUAACUCUUGCUUCUUUUCUUUCUACACAUAAACAUUUAGAUAAAUCGUCACUUUGUUCAACUUCAUAUCAUUCAAUAAUAACAGACUCACCUUCAACAUCCACCAACAAUAAUGAUAUUUGUGAAUUUUGUCAAUCGUUUCAAACAUAUUUUGUUAAAAAGUUUAAUACAGAACCACCUAUUCAAAAUAAUAAUAAUCUUCCUCCAACUAUUCAUUCAUCAUCAAACGCUUUAAAAUAUCAAAUAUUUCAAGAUUUAUUACGACAACGUAAUACAAAUCAACUCAAUCUUUUUGAAAAUAAAUUUUCCAAUAUUUUAAAAAACUCUUCAAUCUCGCAUGUUUUAAGAGAUUUGAAUGAGCAAUCAUCUAUCAUCACCAACCACCAAUUAACACUAUUUGGAAUUUCCCCACAUGAAUUCCAAAAUCACCAACUUAUCGAAAAUCUUAUUAAAGAUCUAUCAACUACCAAAUCAGCACAAUUAAACACCACACAAUAUCUUUCUAUUCUAUCAGAUUUAUAUAAUUCACCCGAUAUAAUUAUUUCAAAUAAUAUAUUAUUAUCAUAUAAAGUUAAUAGUGAUAAAAUAAAAAAAAGAAAACAUGAGGAUGAAGAUGAUACUAAUAAGAAUAAUAAUAAUAAGAAUAAUAAUAAUAAUAAUAAUAAUGAAUUUAUUGAUAAUAAUAAAAAUAAAAUAAAUAUUAUAGAAAGUAAAAUAAAAACAAGAGAACUAAAUCUACGACUCAUGUUGAUUGGUUUACCAAUUAUAAGAUUACAUCCACUCACAAAUGAUAAACAUAUAAUUGAUUAUUAUAAAUAUAUUAAAUUAAAUAAUGUUAUAAUAGAUUAUAAUUAUAUAUGUAAUAAUUUUAUUUAUAUAAUAAAUAAACAUUCAUCUUCAUCAUUAUCAUUAUCUUCAACAACAACAACAACAACAACAACACAGGAUUUAAAUCUUAUAAAUAAUUAUAUAUUUAAUAAUAUAGAAAAAAAGGAUAUCUCUGCAAAUAAUGUGGCUUAUUUUAAGCCAAAGAGAAGCCACCAAGAAUUCGGCCACCCGAUUCCCGGCUCUCACCUGUCUUCCAAAUUUGUCUUGCUCAGCGAAGAGGUAGUCAAACAAAUAAACAAACAUGGUAACAAAUAUUGUCUAGAGGAUAGGUUCAUUGAUAGAAUUAGAAAGAUAUAUCCUGGCUUAUCUAGUAACCACUUGUGGAAUAAUUUUCACCACAAAAGACAGGAUUCAGAUCCCAAUCCUCCAGAGUCUUCUGUUGUUACCAUUGACUCGCUCCUACAGAUAGCGAACAAGCACUCCAUUUCUCUCCCCAAACCUACUACUAGGGAGAUCACAUCAUUUAAAGCCAACAGGCUUUGUCCGCACCACCUUUCAUCUUCCGAUAAGUGCACCAAGGAUUGUCAAUCAGUGUAUGGCGAUUAUCAAUGGAAUUUUAAUAUGUUUAUUAAUGGAAUCACAGACAAUUUUGACGAAUUCAAGAAAGUGUUACCAUCGUACAGAUCUACAUUCACAGACACCCUCAAUAUGGGUACUCUACCAGAGUCACAUUUGUCAACGAAAGUUAAUUUUUCCAAUCGAUCACCAACUCUUCCAACCAAUACAUUCGAUUUGGAUAAACAACAACAUGUUCCUCAUCAAUUAACAAAUGUUCCGGCUGUUCAUUCAUGUGAUUCCAACUUCAUGCCGAUCAAUGUUAAAGAUCAUUUUGAUAUCUUGGUUAUGACCAGUGAUCCAAUAUCACAACGACAUCUCGCUUUCAAUAAGACGGAGAAUGACAUAUGUCAAACCUUCAAGAGUUUGUUUAUCAAUUUUGGUAUCCCUAUGAACGUUAAGCCAAAGUCACCACCUACAAAGAAAACAACUUCAUCUACGAAACCUUCGAAAGGUAAAAAGCCGGAGAGAAAGUUCAAGAAGAAGAACAAAUCAAAGACAGUAAAGCAACAAAUCAAGUGUCCUACAAAAUCUUUAGGAUUCACAGAUACUUAUCCACGAGCAAACCGACGACUGGUACCACUUGAAACAGAGGAUUCUGUAGAUUCCAUUCUGAUGUGCCUUCCGCAUCCAGCCUACAAGAGCUACGACAAAUGGUCAAAGGAGGCGAUGGAAUUUUCACAAUGCUUUUUGGCAAAGAAGGGUUCACCGAUCGAUAUCGAUAGCAUCCAUGCAAGAAUGUCGCUGAGACCAUCGGUAAAGGGUAUCUACCGCCCGAGUUGGAUGACCAGGAAAAUAGGUGACACCUCUAUUUAUCUGGCCGACUAUGCAGGUCCAGAGUUCAGAAGUAACGGGGAUACUCUUUCCAUUACUAGGGCUGUUGCUAGGCCAUUUAAUCCUGCCGUGUCAAAGGAUAAGCUUUACCUACCUUACCAAAUGCCCGGGUCCAAGAGAGAAAAACAACAUGUAGAAGAUUUCAGGUCUAUAUCUGAUACAGAUCCAACGUGUUACUCUGUGGAUCCUGGCCGAAGUUCCCAUGUCAGCUGCUCUUCACAUGGUUUGGUAAGGAGAGCAUCCGUAAAUCAGUAUUACUCUUGGAGGACCAAUCCAUUGGCUAGAUUAGAUUACUUUAAUCUGAAUUGGUCGAUAUUUGUAGAAUAUAUUGCUUUCAAAAUGGAUCCAAGGCAUAAAUAUCUUCGCCGAAUCAAUUAUAGGUUUGGCCAAAUCGCAAAGAGCAAGUUGGUCAAACAACUUAUUCCGACGCCAGCUUCUCAUAUGAGUGGAGGUUUAGUGUUUUUGGGUGCUUCAGAAUUCCGGCACAACUCCAAGGGCCACCGUAGUUUCAUCUCUACCAAGGGGUUGAAAAAACUCCUCGAACAACACCAAUAUAGAGUCGUUAUGGUGAACGAAUAUUGUACUUCAAGAGUUUAUCAUGGUACCUAUCUACGAGAAGAGAAGAAUCUGAUGGUUGCUAUCAAUGACCAGUGCGAACACGAGAGUCUACCAAAGGUUGAACCAACCAAAUGGCCACCAGAUAACAUACCGCCGGUGCCACCGACCAACCAACCAUCGACUGUCUUCGAGAAAGUCAGAGCUGACUAUGCCGAACUGGUCGAAUUUGGUAGUGACUUGAAUAGUCAAGGUUCAAAGCAGGAGAAGCUUUUGAACUACGACUACUACAGUCACUACUCUAUUUACAGUACCGAGUUGAACCUUAAAAAGACUCAAGUGCCCACCAGAGACUGGAAACGAGUUUUGGCCAAAGAUGGUUUCCUAUUUAAUAGGGAUGUGAAUGCUGCCAGAAAUAUUCUAUAUUUGGGGCUAUUCAUGUCACUGUAUUCCUUCCGUCCAAAGGUGUUCAUGUCAGUACGCAAAUACACAGUCUAA